AUGAUAGAUGGGAUAGCUCACACCAAAUGUGCCAUGCCAGCUGGUGAAUCCUUUUGGACCGAUGGCUGCUUCCAAAAUUGUGCAUGCCAUGCUCCCAAUGACCUGCGUUGUUCUUCUGCAUCCUGCACCGUUUCACAACAGUGUACCAUCAGAAAUGGCCAGCUGGGCUGUUUUGAUCAGAAUUGCAUCUUUGAGGGUGAGCCUGUGCAGCUGGGUGACUCAUUCUGGAGUGACAGUACGUGUGCACAAAAGUGCACCUGCACCUCAUCAGGCCUGCAGUGUCAGAACCAGCCCUGUACCUUUUCUCAAAUAUGCCAACGUGAUGAGUUUCAAUUUUCCUGUCAAGCAAUCCAGAGGCGAAUCUGCACCAUAAGUGGUGAUCCACAUUAUUAUACUUUUGAUGGGGCUGUGUUUCACUUCCAAGGCACGUGUACGUACAUUCUGUCUGAGCAAUGUGGUGAUGGACAGCCCUACUAUAGAGUAGAAGGUUCUAAUGAGCAUCGAGGCAGCACGCAUGUCUCUUGGACACGACUGGUCAAAGUGUUUGUUUAUAAUGAAACCAUUGAGCUUGUAAAAGGACGUCGUGGUGCGGCCAAGGUCAAUGGACAAUUCAUGACCACACCCUUCUUCCUCAACAAUGGCACAGUCCAAGUUUAUGAAUCAGGUUCUGUGACCAUCAGCACUGUCUUUGGAUUAGUUGUAUCCUAUGACGCAAAUCAUUAUGUGCAGAUUAGUGUCCCCUAUGGUUACCAGAAUAAGACAUGUGGCCUGUGUGGGGACUUCAACAAUCACCCAGAGGACGACUUUCGAACUCGGCAAGGCGUAGUUGUGAGCUCUGAUGUUGUCUUCGCCAACAGCUGGAAAGCACCAGGAGAAGAUGAUGAUGGUUGUGGGACUGGGUGUGGAGGUCUGGGCUGUGCUUCCUGUACUGAUGCUCAGACAGCUUUAUACGGCAACAGUGAUCAUUGUGGUAUUCUUCAGAACAGCUCUGGGCCUUUUGCUGCUUGCCAUGAAGAGCCCCCACAAAACUUCGUGGAGAGUUGUGUUUUUGACCUGUGUGUCGGGCGAGGAUACCAACCUAUUCUUUGCCAAGCCCUAAGUGCAUAUGCAAGUCAGUGUCAACAGAAUGGUGUACAGCUGCCUAGCUGGAGGAGACAGGGCUUCUGUGAAAUCCCCUGCCCAGCCAACAGCCACUUUGAGUCCCAGGGUACAGGAUGUCCUGCCACCUGCGUCAAUCCUAAUUCUACCCAGAACUGCCCCCUCCCUGCUCAGGAGAGCUGCAUCUGUAAUUCAGGUUACAUCCUCAGCGGUGGGAACUGUGUCCCUCAUGCUCAGUGUGGCUGCAGUUUUGAGGGAAACUACUACCACUCUGGAGAGACUGUAAUAUUAGACCAAGACUGUGGGAGACAGUGUAACUGCAGUUAUGGCUCUAUGAGCUGUCAGCCCUAUGGUUGUGGUCCACUUGAAUCCUGCAGGUUGGAGGAAGGAGAAAGAGGAUGCAGACCUAACAGCUUUGGCACAUGUUGGAUCAGGGGCCCAGGGUCAUAUCAAACAUUUGAUGGGUUGACAUACCAGUAUCCUGGGGCUUGUCAGCUGACCCUUGCCAAAGUAAUGGGAAUGUCCAGUCACCCCCACUUUGUAGUAAGUGCAGAAAAAGUCCCCCAAGCCCAGCAGGGCUUUGCUCGGGUACUAAAAUUUGAGGCACAGGGAACACAUGUGUCCAUUGAGAUGUCCAGCCACAGCAGAGUACAGGUUGAUGGCCAGCUCAUCAGACUACCAUUCACAUCAGCCAACAGUGGAAUUCAGAUUUAUCACAGCAGCAUUCACAGCAUCAUCCUUCGCACUUCCUUUGGUGUAACUGUGCAGACAGUCUGGCCGCACUUUGUCAGAAUCACUGCACCAGUUGUUUACAAUAGUUCAAUAGGAGGACUCUGUGGUAAUUUCAAUGGUCACCCUCAUGAUGACUUCCGCACACCCAAUGGUAUCUUGGUCAACAGUUCUCGCAUUGGGGACAGUUGGCGAGAUGGCUCCCUCAGUGCACACUGUGUGGAAACUAUGGAUCAUAACAAUGAAACUAAUUUCAACACUACAGAGCACUGUGGCCUCCUUGCAUUGUCAGGUGGGCCAUUUUCUGCAUGUUGGGACAGGGUGAAUCCAUGGCAACAGGUGGAUGUAUGUGUGGAGAUUUUGAGGUCCUCUGCAAAUCCAGCAUCAGCGCUGUGUGAGGUCUUCCGAGAUUAUGCACUGAUGUGCCAACAGAAGGGUGUUACCCUCGGACAUUGGAGGAAUGCAACUGGCUGUGAGCUGACCUGUCCAUCAAACAGCCAUUGAGUCUGUGGAGAUUCUUGUCCUUCCACAUGCCCCAGCCUCUCCUUCCCUUUCUCCUGUAACACUCCGUGCCAGGAGGGUUGUCAGUGCGAUGAUGGUUUUGUCCUCAAUGGGAACCAGUGCGUACCACCAACAGGCUGUGGAUGCCACCACCAAGGCCGCUAUCGGCAGGGAGGAGAACAGUUCUGGGUUGGCGAUGAAUGUCAGAGCCUGUGUUCCUGUGAUGGUAUUACUGGACUGGUUCACUGUGUCCCCAAUUCCUGUGGUGCGCAGGAGUCCUGUCGUGUGGUUGGAGGAGAGUACGGCUGCCAUCCCAGUCCUCAUGGCACCUGCUCUGCAUCAGGUGACCCUCACUAUCUGACCUUUGAUCGAAAUGCCUAUGACUUCCAGGGAACCUGCCGCUAUGUUCUGGCAACGCUUUGUAAUGACACCACUGGACUCCACCAGUUUUCUGUGGAGGCCAGGAAUGAGGCAUGGCGAGGGCUGCCAGUUUCAAUCACUGCUGAGGUUUUUGUGAAUGUGUGGGGCUACAGAGUGCAUAUGUCAAGGCAGAACCAUGGUGUGGUAAAGGUGGAUGGCAUUACUAAGAAUUUGCCUCUUCUGCUGGAUGGAGGUCUUGUUUCUAUUUAUGCAAGUGGACUUCGCACAUUUGUAGAGACAGAUUUUGGCCUCAGUGUCUCUUAUGAUGGACGGAGUACAGUGUCAAUCACCGUACCUUCAAAUUACAGUGGGAGAACUUGUGGUCUCUGUGGAAACUUCAAUGGAAACCGAAAUGAUGACUUCAUGACUCCAUCUGAAGUGGUUGUCACCUCUCCGUCUGAGUUUGGGACUGCUUGGAAGGUGGAAGGGAACUACAGCUGCAGUGAUGGGUGUGGCACUUCCUGUCCUCAAUGUACCAAUGACCAACCUGCUAGAGCUCAGUGUGAAGUGAUUACAGCAGCUGAUGGUCCCCUCAGCUUCUGCCAUCAGCAGGUGGACCCAACGCCAUACUUCAAUGACUGUGUAUAUGAUUUCUGUGUGUCGGAAAAUCAAGGCUAUGAUCUUGUGUGCAGAUCUAUUCAGGCAUAUGUCAGUGCCUGUCAGUCUGCUAAUGUCCGAAUCUACGCUUGGAGACAAAACACCACAUGUAGCAUUGACUGUCCAGCCAACAGCCAUUAUGAGCUGUGUGGGACUGACUGUGGCCACACCUGUGCCAGCAGCAUUGAUGCCACCUGUGAGCAUGUUUGCUCUGAAGGAUGUUUCUGUGAUGAGGGAUUCCUGAGGAGUGGGACUGGGUGUGUUCCAGCGGAAAACUGUGGCUGCCAGUAUGAUGACUCCUACUAUAGUGCUGGUGAAUCUUUCUGGACAGAUGGUUGCUCCAAGAGAUGUGAAUGCCAUGCCCCCAAUGACCUGCGCUGUUCUUCUGCAUCUUGUACCCCUUCACAAGAUUGCACCAUCCAAAAUGGUCAGCUAGGCUGUUACAGCACAAUGUCUACUUGCACUGUGUGGGGUGAUCCACACUAUGUCACAUUUGAUGGUGCACUUGCCCAUUUCCAGGGCACAUGCUCUUACAUCAUUAGUGAAAGAGUGAACCAAGAUGACAGUGAAACCCACUUUACGGUGGUGGCCACCAACAAUCACUGUAGCAACGAUCGUGUAUCAUUGGUGUCAGCAGUAGAUGUAUACCUCUCUAAUCAAAUGGACAGUGUCUACAUCAGAAUUGGAGUCAACAAAAUUGUAAUGGUCAAUGGCAGUGAGGUGUCUCUGCCCACCACUGCAGGAUCCUUAGCUCGAGUGCUAAGACAGGGACACUACAUAGUGGUAGAUGCCAUUAAUGUGAUUGUUCAGUAUGGCCAGAGUACUUUACUGGUCAGAAUUGAUAGAACUCUUACAAAACAAGUCACUGGGAUGUGCGGUAACUUUGAUGGUGAUCCUGCAAAUGACAAGGUUUUACCUGAUGGCACACCUGCACAGAAUGACUAUGAUUUUGGACAGAGCUGGAAGUCAUCAACAAGCCAACCAGGAUGUGGAUCCAAUGACAGUCUGACAUCAACACCCUGUCCCUCAGUGAAUGCAAACUCUGAUCUCUGCAAUAUCAUCACCAACACCAGUGGCCCCUUCAGUACCUGUCACCUCCACUCUGACCCACAACCAUUUUUCACUUCCUGUGUGUACGAUCUCUGUCUUAACACUCCAGCCAAUGACAUGCUGUGCUCGACUGUCUCAGCCUACGAGAGAACCUGCUCUGUUUUGGGUCUGGACAUCCCUGAGUGGCGCUCUGAUUUGCACUGUGAACCAUGUAGACAGAUGAAUUGCACAGAGAAUGAGAAAUGUGGUGAGAAAGAUGGCAUUUAUGGAUGCUUCUGUAAUGAACAACAUUCUCCAGCCAACAAUGAGAAUUUUGAUGCAUUCACCACUUGUGUCAGUAGUUCUGGCACCAUUUCCCUGUCACGUUGCCAGCUGUUUGAAGCAGGCUUUCAUCCCAGUACCCUCCAUCUUAGAGAGAAGUCCUGUAAAGGGACUCUCCAAGGUGGACGAUUGGUGUUCCACUUUAACAAUGAUGACAAGCUGUGUGGAACGGUUCUUAAGAGCAAUGGAACACAUUUCAUCUACGAGAAUGCCAUACAGGGCGAUGAAGGUGUGAAUAUUUCCCUGGUUUUCUCCUGUGUUUACCAUCUGACUGAAGCCCUUACUAUGGAUGUGGGCAUCAAACCUGUGGAGAGCAUUAUGAAGAAGAGGCUUCCAUCUGGCCAGGGUAAAUUGAAUUUGAGAAUGAUUCCCUACACGGAUGGUAGUUUUGACCAUCCCCUUAAGACUAGGGAGGACAUAGAACUGGAAGAAGAUGAGAGGUUGUAUUUGGAAGUGCAGACUGAAGGAGUGGAUGAGCGUCAAAUAUCAACCCUUCUGGAUUCCUGGGCAACACCUGUCAACGACGCAAAUUAUCCAGUCCGCCAGGAUCUCAUUACAGAAAUGUGUCCUUCCCCAACAGACGGCACAGUAGAAGUCAUUCAGAAUGGCAAUUCCACUGUGGCUCGUUUCUCCUUCCAGAUAUUUACCUUUGAUGAUUUUCCAAUGAUCUACCUGCACUGCCAGGUCCAUCUGUGUCUACUGAACCAAAAUGACUGUGCAGUUCACUGCAACCCUCGUCACACCAGAGGAAAGAGAGAAAUAUCCUCUCUGGACACUGUACUGCUAUCACUUGGACCUCUUGACCUCUCCAUGACUAAAUAGCCAG